AUGUUCCUCCAGCGCUCUGCCGUGGCCCUGGCCCGUCGCGCCGCUGUAGCCCCUGCCCUUCGCCGUACCCUGGCCACGACCGCCGUGCGCCGCAACCAGGUUCCGGAGCGCAAGUUCAAGUCUCUGAGCGAGGUCAAGACCGAUGAGGACCUGAUCGGCCCAGGUGCCCAGCCUGGCACCGUCCCUACCGAUCUCGAGCAGGCCACUGGUCUCGAGCGUCUCGAGAUUCUCGGCAAGACUGAGGGUGUCGAUGUCUUCGAUAUGCGCCCUCUGGAUGCCUCUCGCAAGGGCACCCUCGACAACCCGAUCCCUGUCCGCGGCGUCGGCCAGGAGCAGUACGCCGGCUGCACUGGCUACCCUGCUGACUCGCACAUCGUCGUCUGGCUUCGCAUGACCCGCGAUGACCCCAUUGAGCGCUGCCCCGAGUGCGGCAGCGUCUACAAGUACAACUACGUCGGCCCCGAGGACGACGGCCACCACCACCACCACCACGUCGAGCCUGAGUACCCCGAGCCCAAGACCUGGGCUGAUUACCUCAAGCCUGAGUACAAGUGGGCUUAA